AUGGCGCGGCAGGUCGUCCCUGCGAGACGAAGUUGACGUCAUCGGCGCGUGCGCGCCGCGUCGGGACAGCACUGCAGGCAGAAGGCGAGUUCGCGAGUGUAUCGAUUUUACGAUCGUGCCUCUCUCGCGGUGCUAGUGCGUCCGUCGUUUCCUUUAGUUUUUUAGUGGCCGUGCACGUCGUACAUGGAUAAAACCGUGAAUGGGAUUACCCGCUAGACACGCCGCUCCGUACACCGCCCGCUGACUCGCAACUCCUCGUCACCCUUCAUCAUGACCAAGGAUAGAUUAGCAGCCCUCGUCGCGGCCCAGUCGGAUGACGACGAUGUGGCGGACGAUGUGUCCGUCAACGUCGGGGCGCCGGAUGAUUUCAUGACGGAAUUUUUCGCGGAGGUGGAGGAGAUCCGCGAAAUGAUAGAUAGGAUCCAGACGAAUGUGGAAGAUGUGAAGAAAAAGCACAGCGCCAUUCUCUCCGCGCCGCAGACCGACGAAAAGGUGAAACUGGAACUCGAAGACCUGAUGUCCGACAUCAAGAAAACUGCUAACAAAGUGAGGGCUAAAUUAAAGGUGAUAGAGCAGAACAUCGAGCAGGAGGAGCACACGAACAAAUCGUCGGCGGAUCUGAGGAUACGCAAGACCCAGCACUCGACGUUGUCGAGGAAGUUCGUCGAAGUGAUGACGGAGUACAAUCGGACACAGACCGAUUACAGGGAGCGGUGUAAGGGGAGAAUACAACGACAGCUCGAGAUCACGGGGAGAACGACCACCAACGAGGAGCUUGAGGAGAUGCUGGAGCAAGGAAAUCCAGCCGUCUUCACGCAAGGGAUCAUCAUGGAAACGCAACAAGCAAAACAGACCCUUGCGGACAUAGAGGCGCGUCAUGCUGACAUCAUUAAACUCGAAAACUCCAUCAGGGAGUUACACGACAUGUUCAUGGACAUGGCUAUGUUGGUGGAGAGUCAGGGCGAAAUGGUGGACUGCAUUGAGUACUGCGUGAAUCAGACCGGCGACCACGUGGGCCAGGCUCGGGGCGAGCUGAUCAAAGCCGAAGAGUAUCAAAGCAAAGCUCGUAAGAAAUUGUUCCUGAUAGUGAUCUGCGUGACGAUAGCGGUCAUCAUUCUGAUUAUCAUUCUGGCCGCUAGUUUAAGUUAAUUUAAGUGCGCACGCGACAAUGCCGAGAAAAAGAAUUAACGUAUUGGCAGAUUAAGUAUAAACGGGAAAAAAAGGGAAGAUAUAGAACAAAAAUAUUUUGGACAGAUACGAACACACAUAUCUGUCAUCUCUCACUCUUGCCUCGUCCCUCCGUUUAAAGGGAAUGAGUCAGGAUCGUAACGGAGAUAGUAUCGAUCUUAUUGAUAUUGAUCUUCGUUUCGACGAGGAGAUAAUGCGAUACAUUUCGAGGAUUCUCGCGAGACAUCUCUCGUUAUACGUUUAUUUAUUAUCGAUUCUUAAAUAAAAUUCGUGCAUUUGUAUGUUUAUUUAUUAUCACUUGUAACACGCAUAUAGUCAAUUACGAUCUUACACAUGCACUACCGGUAAUAAUUGUAAGCAGAUUAUUGAUCACACAUACUGAGUAUGACGGAUAAUUAGAAUCCAUCCUGCGGAUGUAGUAACUUCCCGGAAAACGUUUCAUAGGCGUCGUAACAUUAAUACAAGUCAGGAACGGUGAGGACAUACCAAGCUGAAUCUCGACUACACAAAGCCAAGAAACAAUCGCUUUAUUAACGGAGAUUCGUAUAACGGAGUUUCCUUCAUUGCGCUUCGAUACAUCGGAAAGUGCACGAUAUAAUAUUAUGUUAAUUUUUUUUCUUAAAAAAAAAAAACUACAUUUUUUUUGCCGAAAAAACCGAUGCGAGAGUCUUGCAAAGCGAUAGCUUUUAACAUUCUCGAAAUGUGCUCGCGAGAAAAAGGCAUAUUAGGCAUUGUCUUUUUAAGGUAUUAUAGCGCACCAUAAACUUGCAUUAAAUCUUAGAAACGCGGAGUAAAAAAAACAUCGAGAGAGACAAGAAGAGAUUGUCGAGGGAAUCGGUGUUUUCUUUCCAGGGUGAUUUGAUCGAUAAUGCUAUCGUCGAUAAACUUUCCUUUGUAUCCAGAGCGCACCUCCAUCGCACUGCCUUUUGUUAUUUUUCUCCGUAUUAUUUUUGCCACUUCAUCUUUCCUAGGUAAAGUUCCGACACGAGCGAAUAAUAUAGACAACGGUAGCGCGAUCGAGAAUCAUGCGCGACAUAUGAGAUCAGAGACGCGCGCCCUUUCUCGAAAGUCGCCUUCGGGCAAAGUUCGCCGCCGAUUUAACGGAAAGAUUCUCAGUUACUCGAGCAGUGCGGCGAUAACAAAUUAUUUCAUUUUCCUUUUUAUAAUUAUCAGCGAAUAUUGAGAAUCGAUCUGGACCAUUGUCAUCUGGAGAGAAAAUUAUCAGCAAUAUACUUAAAUUGUGAGAUAUUCGACUUUUAUUUAAUUAACUUUAUCUAAAAUUAUAUCUUCCAAUUUUUCUCUAGCAAUAAGAGAAAAAAUUAUAACGACAAUUGUGUGAAUUUUCAGAAGGAUUGCUAUCUACAGAUAUGGUUAUAUUGUAAUAUUAUCAUAUAAAAAAAUCUCAGUUAAAAAGAUUAAUAUAUAUUAAUAUAUGUGUAUCAUUUGUUAAAUUCUUUUCUAAAUUAAAUUUAUGCUGAAAUCACUCGACACUUGGCUAAAAGAGUAUACUUUAAAGUUUGCGUACGCCUCGGAUCAUCAUCGACUUAUCGCAUUAUCAGUCUUUGUUUUUGACGAAAUUCGAUUGUAUCGCUGUUUGUUGUCGCCGCCUUGAUUCCAUCUCACGGAAUCGGCUGAAUCGGCGACGUAACAGAGCUCACUUCCGGAUUUGUCGUCUCAGAAUUGAUCGAUUGUUUCUGAGCGAAAUGCGACGGAGACGAUAUCGCCAUCACCUCUCGUGCCGAGUGCUCUAUUUCUCUAGGUAGGCUGACAAGCGAAAGAGGGAGAGAGGAAGAGAGAGAGAGAGAGUUCCGCUCUCUCUAUCGAAACGCUAAUCCGCGCGACGACGACGACGUAUCUCACGUGGUAUACACGCUCCGAUGAACAAAUAUCGAUCGCCCGAACUCGAGUAAUCACCGUCGUCGCAAUGCAGACCGCACAACACAGAUGCGGCGCGCGCAUUGUACAUAUAAAUAAUUGCAAUUUGUAUAGAGCAGAUAAUAAUAGUAAUAAUAAUAAUAAUUAUAAGGAAAAGGUAAUGAGAAAGAAAGAGGAAGAGUAACAAUGUUAAUCAUUAAUGCCGAUAGCGUAGUAGGUAUUUUCUUCUCUCUUCGGAUGUAUUCAGCGUAGAAAAAAAGGAAUAAAAUUCUCAUUGUGUCAGAUAAGAGACGACGACAUCGUUCGCGACAUGCCGCUUUUUUUUCUUUGUCGUCUUUACUAUACUUGCCGCCUCGCAAAAAAAAAAAGAAAUAAUAAUUGUCCUCUAUAAAUAAUAGAAAGUGCGCGAGUGAAACGAAGCGUAAGAAUAAUUAGCGCUGAUUGUUCGAAUUUGCGAGCUCAGCUGGCAUAGGAAAUGAUUAAUAGAGUCGCGAAGAUAAUAGAGAGAGAAGAUAUAGUGAAAUAUUGAAAAUAUUGGAAUUUUUGCGGCGUAUUUUGUACAAGAGGAGAACAAGAACGACAGGCGAACAUUCGAUCGUUCGCAAGGCUCGAUUCAGGGUAAAUUCACCAAAUGUAGAUUGGUUUGACGGAACACUACGCUUGCUGCGGAGAAAGGGAGAGGAUAGGAAUGUGAAUCUAAUUGAGAAUGCACCGCUGAAAUUGCACUGGGGAGAAGAGGCAGCUUCAAGGGAAACGGACGCUAAUGACGAGAGUUAACAAAGGCCAUCGCAACGUGCGUCGUCCACGCCAGUCACGAGCAAGAUGCAAUUUCUUUCAGGUGCUCUACAAUAGAUCGACAAGUGAACAAUUGUAAUGUGUAGCAUAAUAAUAAUAGUAAUGGACAGAGGUAUCGAGCACACGAGCGAGGUAUUGAGUUUAAAAAAGAAAUAGUGAGAAAGAGCGAGAGUGAGAGAGAAUGGUAUACAUAAAUAGAUUUAAGGGAAAGCGUCGAGAGAGAAAGCCUUGUAAUCGAUUAUAUUAAACUUUUACCAAUCUGUUAACGCCGAGUGCAGAAGAAGAUCAUGAUCAUGAUUUGUCUCGCUGUAUUGGGCGUUGUCGUCGCUACCACCAUCGGCGGAUACUUUGGACUGUGAACGCCAAAACCAGAGAAGUCCAAAGACAUCAGCAGCAUCGUGUACCUAAUUCCGAACCGCCGGCAGUGUCAGCAUUCACUCAUAUCGCUCCGAUACGUGAAGCUGAUCGCCAUUCGGACGAGAGGAGAUCGUCAUUGUCAAAGGUGCCAUCAUCGGCGCGCUUCUAUCGUAACACUCAUCAUCGCUAGAGCCUUCAGUCUGUCACGCACGCUUCCCAAUUCGACGCAAAGGAAACCAAAGAGAGGAAGGAUAAUCGCCAUCAUCGUCCCCAUCGUCGUCGUCGUCGUCAUCAUCAUCGCUACAUUUGCGUCAUCCUCGUCUCGAAAGUUUCCUCCGAUAAUGCGUUAGUUGCGUUUGGUUGAAAAGAGUGCGUAAAGAGAAGACAAAGAGAGAGAAAGAGAUAAACCGAAGGAACAGGUUUUCCUCGUUUUUUUGUUAACUCGAUCGACAAUUUUUCCAAUAGAUCCGCCUUUAGCAGUCAAUCCCAGUCCUCUCCUGUCCGCUAUGUCACAACGAAACUUAAGCUCUCUUUGUGUUCGCGUUCUCAUCGGUCUUUUUUUCUCUCCCCUUCCCCGCUGAUUCUUUUCUCAUACGGCAAAAACGAGAUAACAGGAGGCCUCGCGAAUGGAACGGGCUCUGAGAAAACUGAGAGAUGCCUCUGUCUCUCUAAAAGGGGAACCGUCGAUCGGAGAUACGCAUGCAUCGUCGAUCAAGUGACAUUUUCGAUCGACACUUCCCUUCCCCAUUCCCAUUCCGCGGAAAUCCCCGCCGAUUGUCACGAGGAUAUCAUCGUGAAAUGCCGUUAUCGCCGGAAACACGGCGGUACGUCAUCCUUCGCGGUAUCCGCCUCGUUGCAGCCCGAGCUCGACACCCAAUGGUGUUUUUUUGUGUAACGCGAAGGCGACAAAUGGCACGUGUUGCCCGCUUUCUCCUUACCGAAAGUACGGCGCACGAAAAAAUGCCGCAGGAAAAAACACUUUCCUUUACUGUGAUUUGCACACUGAAAAUUUUUGAACGUGUGUCACUUUGGAGUCACAUUCUGAAAGUGCGUUUCGCUCGCCGAUCCGAUCUCUUAUAUCUGCUUAUAUACACGAGAGAUAAACCGCUGACCAAAACAUUUGUACACACGAUAUCCACGAUACUAGAUCGUAAUUUCCGCGCGCUAAUAAAUCACGAGAUUACGUUACUAAAUAGAUAUAGUACUAAUUUAUAUAUUAAUAUUUAGGAUAAUUUCUAGUGAUUUCUAAGGUAUUGUUCCAAGCUUUAAAUAAAUUUUUGUAAACCCUUUUCUUCAGAUAUAAAAAAUUUAGCGCGGAUAAACCAUUUUUACCAAAAAGAAAAAAA